AUUGUGCCCAUGUUUUUGUUUUCUUUUCACUUAACGUUUACCAAGCAAGCAGUGUGAUUCUUGUAAAAUUUGAUUAAGUGUUAAUACUUUGAUUCGUUUUGGAAAAAAGCAACAUGGAACGUCCACAGAAAAUGCCCAAAGUGGCUAAGGUGAAGAACAAAGCUCCUGCUGAGGUUCAAAUUACGGCCGAACAGCUUUUAAGAGAAGCUAAAGAGCGUGAUUUGGAAAUAUUACCACCUCCACCAAAGCAAAAAAUUUCUGAUCCAGCUGAAUUGGCAGAUUACCAGCAGCGUAAGCGCAAAACAUUUGAGGACAAUCUGAGAAAGAAUCGUAUGGUGGUUAGCCAUUGGAUAAAAUAUGCACAAUGGGAAGAGUCUCAAAAAGAGAUCCAACGGGCGCGAUCCAUAUGGGAACGUGCCUUGGAUAAUGAGCAUCGUAAUAUUACAAUUUGGCUUAAAUACGCCGAAAUGGAAAUGAAGAACAAGCAAGUUAAUCAUGCCCGUAACUUGUGGGAUAGAGCCGUUACUAUUAUGCCGCGUGUAAAUCAAUUUUGGUACAAAUACACUUAUAUGGAGGAAAUGUUAGAAAAUGUGGCUGGAGCCCGACAAGUUUUCGAAAGAUGGAUGGAAUGGCAGCCAGAAGAACAAGCCUGGCAAACGUAUGUUAACUUUGAACUGCGUUACAAGGAAAUUGAUAGGGCGCGAGCUAUCUAUGAGAGAUUCGUUUAUGUUCACCCUGAUGUCAAAAACUGGAUAAAAUUUGCCCGCUUUGAAGAAUCGCAUGGCUUUAUACAUGGAGCUCGUCGUGUAUUCGAAAGAGCCGUUGAAUUCUUCGGCGAUGAUUACAUAGAUGAGCGCCUGUUCAUAGCUUUUGCCAGAUUCGAAGAAGGACAAAAGGAGCACGACCGUGCUCGUGUUAUUUACAAAUAUGCUUUGGAUCAUUUGCCAAAGGACAAAACACAGGAGCUGUAUAAAGCCUACACAAUUCAUGAGAAAAAAUAUGGCGAUCGUGCUGGCAUCGAAGAUGUUAUUGUGUCAAAAAGAAAAUUCCAAUACGAACAGGAAGUUGCAUCAAAUCCCCAAAAUUAUGAUGCAUGGUUCGAUUAUUUAAGGUUAAUUGAAGGGGAAGGAGACGUCGAAGUUAUACGGGAGACCUAUGAACGUGCAAUUUCUAAUGUUCCCCCUGCUAAUGAAAAGAACUACUGGCGACGUUAUAUUUACCUUUGGAUCAAUUAUGCCCUCUAUGAAGAAUUAGAGACCGAAGACGUCGAGCGAACGCGACAAAUUUAUAAAACUUGCCUCGAACUGAUACCUCAUAAAAAGUUUACAUUCAGUAAAAUCUGGCUAAUGUAUGCCCAUUUUGAAAUCCGAAGCAAGGAUUUGGCAAAAGCUCGAAAAACUUUGGGUAUGGCAAUUGGCAUGUGUCCCCGAGAUAAAUUGUUCAGAGGCUACAUAGAGCUAGAAAUUCAGUUAAGAGAGUUCGAUCGCUGCCGAUUAUUAUACGAGAAGUUUUUGGAAUUUGGACCAGAGAACUGCGUUACAUGGAUGAAAUUCGCAGAACUUGAAAACCUUCUUGGAGAUACAGAUAGAGCCAGAGGAAUAUACGAAUUAGCAAUACAGCAGCCUCGCCUUGAUAUGCCUGAACUAUUGUGGAAGGCAUAUAUAGAUUUUGAAGUUGGGCAGGCAGAAUACGAGUUGGCAAGACAGCUUUAUGAGAAGCUUUUGGAACGCACACAGCACGUUAAAGUAUGGAUGUCGUAUGCAAAGUUUGAAUUGACAUCCCAACUUGGCGACGAAGAAGAUUCAGAAAUGAAUGUCCGUUUGGCGCGAAGAGUCUAUGAAAGAGCAAAUGACACCUUGAGGCAGCUUCAAGAUAAAGAAUCAAGAGUGCUGCUAUUGGAGGCUUGGCGUGAUUUCGAACGAGAGUCUGGCGAUCAAGACAGCUUGGAAAAGGUAAUGGAAAAAAUGCCACGUCGUGUGAAGAAACGUCAAAAGAUCAUUUCCGAUACUGGAGUGGAAGAGGGUUGGGAAGAAGUAUUUGAUUACAUAUUUCCAGAAGAUGAAAUGGCCCGGCCAAACCUUAAGUUGUUGGCUGCUGCGAAAAUGUGGAAGAAACAAAAAGAAACUGUUGAUGAUAACAUUACAUCUGAGGAGGAAAGUAAUAAGGAAAAACAAGCAGAAGAUAAGCUCGGAGAUGAAGAUAUUUCAAUAAAAAUUUUAAGCCAAGAAAAUGUCUCUGAACGCUCAAAUAAUAGUGACGUUCCCAAUGAGGGUUAAAAAUGAGUUUUUAUUAGUGUAUAAGAAUAAAAAAAUAAUUGUAUUCAUGCAAAUCUACUUUUUAAACAAAUAAUUACCAAAAACGGCUGAUAUCUUUGCAGAAAGAA